CAUUGCGUCAUCGCGCGUCACGCAGCUCGAGUGCACAGAUUGCGUCACGCGCCUAGCGACGGCGGAGACGCGGCGCCAUGUCUUACCGAGAUCUACGAAACUUCACGGAGAUGAUGCGGGCCUUGGGCUACCCGCGCCUCAUCUCAAUGGAGAACUUCCGCCAGCCCAACUUCCCGCUGGUGGCCGAGGUCCUCGCGUGGCUCGUGAAGAGGUACGAGCCACAGUCGGACAUUCCUGCGGACAUUGACACGGAGCAUGAUCGAGUGUUCUUCAUCAAGGCGGUGGCCGAGUUUAUGGCCACCAAGGCUCACGUCAAGCUGAACACCAAGCGUCUAUACCAGGCUGACGGCUACGCGGUGAAGGAGCUGCUCAAGCUGACAAGCGUGCUCUACCACGCCUCGAAUGUGCACGCCAGCCAGGGCGAUCUGCCCCAGGAGGAGCCCACAUUCUCCUUCCAGUUGGGCUCACGCAUCACGGAUUUCAAGUUGUCGCGGCAACUGGCGUCGGACAUCACGAGGAAGGGAGCCGCCCUCUACGACCUCCUGGGCAGGGAGGUGGACCUGCGUGAUUUGCGGACGAGCGCCAUCGCACGACCCCUAGAGAUGGCCGAGACGGAGAAAACCUUGCGCGCUGCCAUCAAGGGGGUGGUGGACGAAGUGGAGAAGACAAAGCGCAUGUUGGAGAACGUGGCUUCUGACGAGGCCAACCUGGACUCCAAGAUUGAAAAACGCCGAGCAGAGCUGGAGAGGAGCCACAAGAGGCUUCAGACCCUGCACACCGUCAGGCCGGCGUUCAUGGACGAGUACGAGGCUGUGGAAGCGGAGCUGCAGAUUAACUACACCGCGUUUGUGGAGAAGUUCCGCAACCUGGCAUUCCUGGAGCAGCAGCUGAACGAGCAGCGCCGUGCGGAGCAGGACAAGUUUGAGGAGGCAGAGAACACUCUGAAGCUGAUGCAGAGUAAGCUGAAAGAGGAAGAGAAGCGGCUGCUAAAGCACCGUGGAGAAUUCUCAGACAAUGAGGAGGACUCGGAGCUGGAAAUGGUUCCGGGAAACGAGAGCGAGGAGAGCGAAGAGGAUGUCCGGCCCAACAAGCCUCGUCUCGCCCUACGGAGCCAGAACCUACGGCCUGGAUAUGGCGCUUCUCUCGUGCGAGGAACCAUGCAGGGGGGAGACACAGAGGAUGAGCCUUCCCUGUUCGCCGGCAGAAAGGUACUACGGCCCAAGGAGGGCAGCGCGCAGGAUGACAGUGGAACCAUCAGCAACAGUGAAGAGGAUGAGGAAGACGAGGGAGAUGAAGAUGACGACGAUGAUGUUGAGGAUAUGGGUGGCAUUGCUGGUGUGGAGCAUGGCCCCCUCCGCCCCCGUGGGCGUGGAGGCCCCACACCUAGGAAACCCAAUCCACUCCCCGAGAGCGACAAUGACUUCUGAUCCCCCGUCAGAGAUCAGAUGCAGCUAGACACACGAGUCAUUACAAUGUUUCGAUUUAAAGCUUUUGUGACUGCAGGGAUUCAUCUUCUUGGUUCUUUCGGUAAAGUCACGUAGAAGGGAAAUAAUAAAAUAAUAAAAAUUAAACAUAAUAAAAUAAUUCUCACGACGUUUCGGCCACAACGCAAGCAGCCGUCCUCAGGUGAAGACCAGGUCUGUCGGGAAGACAGCGUCUGAAUGAAACACCCCAGGCUUGGAGCGUAUAUUUAAGCUGGGUUGGAGGGGGAAGAGCGCCUUGACAAAAUAAUUUGCAUAUCAAGAGGAAUUUAGCAUAUUGCUGCUUGCGUUGUGGCCGAAACGUCGUGAGAAUUAUUUUAUUAUGUUUAAUUUUUAUUAUUUUAUUAUUUCCCUUCUACGUGACUUUACCGAAAGAACCAAGAAGACACUACAACGUUGUCUAAACGACCACCACCAGCUGACCCUGUCACAGAAGGAUGACUAUCACGUGCUCAUGCUGUCACACCCACCAUCACCCACCCAGGUUUGGCUUCUGAGUAGCGGUGUGACCAAGCACCGUUUCAUCAAUCAAUGUCCAUUUUGAAGACCUUUGCAUUUAUUCACAUGGUAAUUUAUGCUUUUCUAUUCACGCAAAUUACACUCGAAUGAUAUGCUGUUACAUUUAAGCUGACGAAGCAAACACAAGUGUACAAACGACAGAAGAAAUGAUAAAUUACAAGAUGAAACAUUUGGCCAAAAUGAAUCAAUUCUUGAAAUGAAUUGUGGCCCUGAAUCGCGAAAAUUGAGUGGCCGGGGUGUGGGUGAAUCAAUGUGCCCCUCAUCGAAUGUUACGACGAGCACUUAGCGACUGAAACUGUGAUGUAUUCUUUGCAUUGGGCUCGCUGACAACGAUACUGACUUGCCGAUGUAGCAAGGAUGGCUUUAGACGAGCGUGUGGCUGUAACUCUCCUGGUUUAUACAACUGUGUUUCACAUUUCUAUUUAAACGUGAUCCGUAAUUCAUUAAGCGGUUAAAGCAAACCUUUUGUUACGUAUCCCAAAUCUAGGCCUCAAAUUAACCAUUUGCCUAUUUGUCUUACGUAAUGAACAUUUAAUACUCAUUUACACCAUUGGAACCUCAUUUGCCAUUAAAAAAUAUGAUAAUUGGUUUUUUACCCUUCUAUCUGGCAACAAAACUGACACCUUUUUUACAAGGAGUCAUGUUUACAUAGACCACAAUACCUGCAGUCAUAAUGCAAACAAAAAACAUAACUCUGAUAAUGUGCACUGUCCUUGAAGUUGAUUGGUCCACACCCGAGACAGCUUUCCUUAGAGCCUAGUCUCACAUGGGUUGGACCAGAUGACACCAAAAGGCGUACAACUCAAGGACAAUGAUCCAUCAGAGUAUGGAAAGCUGUCUUGGGUGUGGACCAAUCAACUUCAAGGACAGUGCACAUUAUCAGAGUUAUGUUGUUUGCAUUAUGACUGCAGGUAUUGUGGUCUAUGUAACAUGACUCCUUGUAAAAAAGGUGUCAGUUUUGUUGCCAGAUAGAAGGGUAAAAAACAAUUAUCAUUUAAUACUCAACAAUAGCAUUCCAUAAUAUUUUGCACACGUCAGAACAAGUCAGAAGGAUUGAUCAAAAAUGUUGUGUAGUGUCUGGUUAAGUUGUGCGCUACCAUUCCCGUACUGUAUAAGUUAAUUCAUUACAUAAAGUGGUGACGACCGCGAAAUCCACGUUAAUCGUUUUUAUCUUCCAGGCCAGUGGUCGCAUGCAGCCCUUGGAGGGCUGCUUCGUGACGCUUUGUGAAGGAGCGUCUCUUUGUAAUCGCAUGUAUUGCAUCUCUUGAACAUUUUUUUUUAACCGAAUUAGAAACAAAUGUCUCGUCUUGUUAUUUCGGUUGCCGACCCCCAUUCAAGGCAUUUGGAUUUAUUCCUUCGAGUUUACCUAAUCAACUGCUAUGAGAAAAGUAAUUCGACUUUGUACGAAUUGAUGCAGUGAUACAAGCUCUUGUAAGCCAAGAUCCAAAUAAGAUUAUAUAAAUAUACUGUAUUUACUCAACCCCGCC